UCCUUCAGUGGAGGUUAGAGUUGAUAUUUUUGCUUCUAGACACAGUUUAUGUUGUCUCCGCAGCUCAGAUUUCCCACCGGGAGAAUAAAAAGAAGGAGCUGUCACUUAUUACAAUAGGAGGCUUGCAAAUAUUCAACAGAUCGUCUCUUAUUACGCAGUUUUUGUUGUGUUGACGUGUACACCCAGAAAGAGAAGCGUUUAAGGGUCAAACAAACUGCACAAAUCACAAUUUUAUGUUGCUAGUAAAACCGAACAAGCCACUGGAGAGGGUUUGAAUUAACAGCUCAGUGUCAUCUCACGGGUGUUUUAAAAAUCCAAAAGUAUAAAAAUGAGGGUGCAGUUAUUGAUUCAGUGUUCGACAGAGAGACCCACCCAUUCUCCCUUCCUCUGUCUGCCUCUUUUGUUGUGGUUUCUGUCGAUGGUUUGGCCCACAAAGCCAGUCAUUGCUAGUCCUGCUGCUAUGGCGACCAGGAAAUACUCACCGCCACCAAAGUAGUAGUGUCCGUGUGAGGGUGCAUUAAAAGGCUCAGAACGGUGUGAGUUGGAAUCUAGUCAGAGAACACAACAGGAGCAACUUAUUGUUCAGGUUUGGCUUUUCAUAUGUCCUCCUGCAAGGGAAUCACUGAACAGUGUCUAUUAAUAGGUGAGUUAUUAGUGUGAUCUAUAGCCUAAUGAGUGAGAUUGUGUGUGUGUACAGCUGUUUGCUUAUGGCCGCCAGCGCUGCCGUCCCAUCCCACUUGCCUCCUGUGAAGAGCGUGGUGGUUUACAGGAAUGGAGACCCCUACUACAGCGGGCGGAGGUUUGUGAUCAACCAGCGACAGGUGGCAACCAUGGAGGCAUUUCUGAAUGAAGUCACUAAAAACAUCGGGGCUCCGCUGGCUGUCAGGACUCUGUACACCCCCAGGCAGGGCCACAGGGUCACAGACCUCCAGGACCUCCAGCCUGGAGCCCAAUAUGUUGCUGCUGGCUUUGAGAGGUUCAAGAAACUGGAUUACCUGAAUGCAGGAGCAAAACGGCCGCCGGGCACACGUUAUGAAACUCAGCAGGCAAAAGUAAUCCAGAGGCCAAAUGUUUCUGCAAAGUGGAGGAAGUUUAUACCCGUGCCAUGCAUCAUACAUGUUUUCCGUAACGGAGAUCUCCUCAGUCCACCAUUUCGGUUCAUCAUCCCUCGAACCAUGCAGCAGGGCCUGGAGCAGAUUCUGAGUCUGAUCACGGAGAAGGUCAGCCUACGCACCGGAGCGGUUCGCAGACUGUGCUCUUUGGAGGGAGUCACCGUAUCUUCGGCUGGGGAGCUGGAGUCAGGCUGCAGCUAUGUUGCCGUGGGAACCGAAAGGUUCAAGAAACUUCCAUAUUUGGAGUUGUUGGUUUCAAAAGCUACAGAGAGACAUUACCCUGGAAAGAGGAGACCGCCAGGAAGAGCAGAGAACAGGAAAUCAGGAAGUGGUCCAGAAGACCAGUACAGUGACUCGGCUCUUCUCAACUCCCCCGAGUCUGAUGGCCGAAGGGUGAAGUCCACGGGGGAUGAAGCUGCAGCCCUGCAGGCCUCCCAGCAGACGAGCAGGAGAGACGGAGCAGACGACGCCUUCGUGUUCCUCACCAGACCCGUUAAAGUUCGCAAAAACAGAAAUCCAACAAAGCCCCAACUCGACAUGUCUGUUCAACCAAAUAUGUUCAGAGGAGCACAAACAAGGAGGGAGGAGGCGCGAGGUGCCGAGGAGGUGCAGGAGGAUGAAAACACAGCCACAGAGCUUCCUGUUGAUCAGAGAGUUGCAGAGAUAGUGGAGGAUGAAGAGCCAAACAACACAGAAGACGCUCAUCACAACCUCCAGCAGAAACAUGCAGAAACGACAAAUGAGCACAGCAACAAAAUACUUCAACAAACGGAUCCCAGAAAGCAGGCACUGAAAUCUAAACAGGAGUCUACAGCUGGAGAGGCUGAGCUGAAAUCUUUAAAGCCUUCGACUUCACUCUCAGGAGGAAAGAUCAGGAAACAAAAGGAGAGCCUGCAGGAUGCCUCAUCAAACAGUCACCAGGAGGGCGUCGCUGCAUCCUAACAGGGUCUCUGUUCAUAAGAGUUGUUUCUGCUUCCACGACGCAGCUGACGCCAUGUUUAGUUGAAUUGGUAGAACUUUCACUGUGCUAAUAGACAAAUAUAACAUUACAUAUAUAUAUUUUUUGAACAGAAACGAAGCACCUCAGCGAUGCUGAUGUAACAAACAAGCCAGUCAUUGUUAUUAUGAAUCCUGUCAAAAGGGGUUUUUCUGAUGCUGACUGCAUGUAUGCACAUUAGGAGUGUAUUUGCAGUUUAGAUAAAUGCAUAAUCGAAGAAAUGAUGAAUGUCUGCCAACAGUUUAUUAAAAAUAGUUUAGUACUGUGACUGUACAGUGUCUUAAAUCAUUUGAAUACUGUGAAAAUAAAAAUGUGUUAUUAUGCAUUUGGUCUUUAAUUCUAUACUUUUUAAAACAAUUUACAGAUUUUCUUAUAAAGAUCCACCUCAGUGAGUUUUAUGCACAAAGCAGCAAAGGGAACAAGGUCACAUACAAAACAGCUCAACUGUGUUGUCUUUUUUU